AUGCAGCUGAAGCCAUGUCGGAUUUUCGUGGCGAUCAUAUACCAGGUUUGGUUCGUGAACUUGGAGGGUGACGUGAAUGUAGGUGAUCUACCAGUUCGUUUCCUUGAUUCGAUCUCGGGCAAGGUAGAACAGUUUUGUGAUGCCAUCCAACAUGCCAAAGUUGAUGUCACAUCGGAUUUCUUCGAGUCCAAACUCGUCAAAGAGUGCAUGACGUGCAAUUACAAAGGCUUGCCGGAACCCUUUCGUCUUCGUCAAGAACCGCAGGUGUCGUACACUAUGCAGCUAAUCAUCCUUCCUGCUACACCUCCCGAGGGUGAGGAUCCUAACUCCAAGUAUGUGCACAUCUUGAAGCACGUCUACUUGCAGCGGAACAAGAUCAACGCCAGUGAAGCCAUUAAGAUGUGCUAUGGCAUCUCCAUGCGGUUUGAGUGGGGGACGCACACACGCCAAGCGUUGAUCGGCCUCACGUACAUGUUGGACAAGAUGGGGGAUGCAGGCUAUCGUUUCAACCAAUUCAUGGAAUGGACAGACAAUCAGAUCCACGCCCCCGGCAGUCCCAUUGAGAAUUGGUCAGAGUCUUUUGAGAAGGGAACGCAACUUGUCUCGGAUGCACUUGGGGGUAAAGCCCUGUCUACCCUCCAGAAAAGGUACGGGCAAUUAUCCAAGUACGUCACUUGGUGCAACGACACAGGAUGCAUAGGCUUCCCCCUUUCUUCGGAUCUUGUUCGGCAAUACACCGAGUUUGCAGUGAAGACCAAAGGGCAUGGAUCAGUGUCCAGCAACCUUGAGUCUUUCAACUUUGCGAUCUAUGUCCUUGGUGUUUUCAUUAAUGAGCCUCUCCGGUCUGACCCGGUCCUGACAGGACGUGCUCGUCGCGAGAGAUUGAACAAGCCUCCCAGGAAGCAGGCUCGCUCGUUUCUCGUUGCAGAAGUGCUUCACCUCGAGGGUUUCCUUGCAUCCGAAUCCAAUGCUCUUUUGGACCGGUUUGCCGCUGGUUGCAUGCUCUUUGCGAUUUUCUCCAGGGCGAGGUUAGGCGACUUGAAGUCCGUGUCAAGGUUCACGCUUGACCUUGCAGAGCCAUCUGCAGACUGCGCCGAAGGGUUUUUGGAGUGUUACUCUUAUAGCCAUAAGACUAAGUCUCUUAGCAAUGCGCUCGGCUUCAGGUUGCCUCUUGUGGCUCACGUUAAAGGACUGGGGCCUCGCAUCUGGGGGCUUGACUUCUUGGAGGUUGCACGGCAAGUGGAUCAAGACCUUCUUCAGAAGGACGAUGGUUCCGCGCUGUUGUGUGUGCCCACGUCUGUGGGCUCCUUGCUCAACCAUCCAAUCAAGAAUGAAGCCUUUGUGGUGUGGAUCAAUGGCAUCCUUAAGGAUCUCCCCUUCUUCGGAGGUCACUUCACCGGCCACACAGCAAAGUCUACCUUACUUCCUUGGUUGUCCAAAUGGGGCGGCUCUGAGGAUGACAGGGCCAUUCUUGGGCAUCACAUGCCUAAGAGCAAAAGCGUAGCCACUUACAGCAGAGAUCUUCAGGCUGGGCCUUUGAGAGUGCUGUGGUCUCUUCUAUGUGACGUUCGGUCUGGAGCUUUCCUUCCUGAUUGCACACGCUCUGGCCGCUUUGUCCGUCAAGUCGAUGAUCCAGGAGUGGAGCCGGCCCUUGAUGCUCUUCCUGGUUUCUCUGAUGGGGCCCUCAGCCCUGACCUCUACCUCGGCGCCUUAGGUGAGGUCCAAGAGCCUGUGAGCUUGGGCAGCGAGGUUGGCCCUGAUGAGGAGUUGGCGUGGUACCGCAACCAAGAGCUGGAGGAUGCCGACGUCGAUGCUUUCAUCAACGCGAGCCGUGGCAGUGAGCUUGAGCCCCGGGGUCUCUCAGACCCUCCGCCCGAAACGGGGGCUUCUGACGAUCCCCAUGCGGAGGGGGCGGCAUUUGAAGAACUUGCCACGGAAUGUGGCCUUUCAAGUGCACAGCUGCUGAUCCUGAAAGGGAAAGGUGUCUCGACGAUGUCGUCAUUGGCCUAUGCUGUCACCACCCCGGGUGUGCAGCCUACGGAGCUUGCCCUUCGUCAGCUUUUGGAUACUGCCACUCCUGAAGCUGUUUCAGUUGGUGCCUUAUCAUCCAUUCGACGCUGUGUGUUUGAGUGUCAGACUUGUGUUGUGCAGCAACUUAAGCUCUCAGUCGAAGGGCAUGAGGGAGACAAGAAGUACGACCUCCCGCCUGCUGAACGCACCAGCCGCAUUGCCGCUCAAAAGACCAGGCUUGUCGGUUUUGAGUUAACCGGCGCGAUGGAGUGCGCAUACUCCUGCUACACUCUUGUGGGCUCCAUGCUUGAAGCCGACUCGCCAAUAUACUUGGAGCCCCAUAGGUUCAUCACCAGGCAACAGGAGGUUUGCAGAGAAAAGCCCAAGCGUGAGAUCGUGCUCGAUGGGGGCACCAAGCUCACUGUUCGUGAUCAGCAGAGUCGUGAUCGUUGCCAGAUCACCAAUGAACUUCAGCUCUGGCAGGCUCUUACACGUCGGAGCUUAGCCUGUGACCUUAUGGGUGCCAUCAGCUUCCAGGUGCAAGAAUCUUGGCACCGCUUUCUGUUCGAUCGCAUGGCUCAGCCUCCCCCUCCGAGGUGCAGCAAAGUUUCCAUGGAGCAAUUGUUGAGGGCUGAUCGUCAGGCUUGGGUUCAGUUGGCUGAGACGGUUAAGACGCUUAAGAGGGAUAGUGCUGGCGUGUUGCCUCUUGAUGCUGCCUUCCCGGGUCUUCGCACUGACCCUGCUGUCCUGUUCAACCUCCUUCCUUUGAGGUCGCCUGAUCCUCCUCAGAAGAUCCCGAAUCCGGAUAAGGGCAAUGGUAAGGGCCUUGAUAAAGGUAUCAAGAGGGACUCUGAAGGCCAGCCUCGCAAAGAGUCCCAGCUUCCUGAUGCCCUCAAGAACAUUCCAAACCUUAAGAAGAAGACCUCGAAAGGCAAGCGACUUUGUUGGGCAUACAACAUCAAAGACAGGGGGUGCAGCCAUGCUGAGGCUGGCAAAGCUUGUCGCUUCGGUCUUCACUUGUGCAUGCGCUGCGAGAAGCCUCACCCCCAGUUCGAAUGCCCUGCAGCUUCUGUUGAUGCUUCUGCCGAGGUUAAACAUCCGGCCGAGGAAUUUUCGCUGGGUGUAUUGACAUCUGGUAGUGCCGGUCAAUCGUGGACCACGGGUCUGUACACCAAAGGUGGUAUCACGGCCCUUCGAUCUAAUGUAAAAUCCUUUCCAUUUUCGUCUUCUCUGCUUUUUGCUUUCAUCAGAACCAUCAGUCCUUCCUUCGAGUGCACCAGUGCUGCUCUCUUUGUCGACUCGCAGACAGCCCUGCAUCGCGACAGCUACAACGCGCACCUUCCCAAUCUGUUGAUUGGGGUCAACUCCUUCUCAGGUGGCCAACUUUGGCUUGAGGGAGAGGGACCUCAUCCAGUGACCGAUCCUUCAGGUGCCCAACUUCAUGGACAGCUGCACGAGGUUGCCUCCGGAAAGCAACCCAAAGGCAAACGUGUUCCGCCUUUGGUCUCUGAGUACAAGUCCAUCAUCACGGAGCGAACUUAUGGUAUCGCGUGGACCCCAGAAGAGUUCGUCAAACAGGAGUCACCUGCCGACCUUGCCAGGGAACGCACUGCUACGUUGAGGAGGUGGAUGCUUACCUCCGAGGAGGCGGCAUCCCGUGCAGAUCCCUCCGACAUGCCCGACCACUGUGCCGCAGUUCUUGGUAAGAAAUCUAUGAAGGUCUUCAAAUCGCUCCUGACUGAGGCCGAGUACCCGGACACAACCUUGACCAAGGUUUCCGCUGCCUCGCUUACCGUUGAGGAUGUUCGUGCAGCCACUCCCCUUGCCAGGAAGGCCAUCCUUGCCUCUACCAGAGAAGGUUUCGACCGCGAGGAAUCGGACAUCCCCCCGGAUGCCAUAGCUGAAGAAGAGCGUGAUCUUGCGAUCUGGUUCGAGCGUGUUCGCAGUGAAAGCAAUCCUGCAGAUGCAGAACCCUUGACCAAGUACAAGCCGGGCAUCUUUGAUGAUGGGAACCUGCAGCGGAUGGAUGCAUCCUUCCUGAAAGCUUUCUUGAACCCUUCGGAAGAAGAUGCAACGGUCUGGGCGCGGUAUUCCUCUGCCUAUUUUGAGCAGGGUGCAGGUAGACAAGCUUGCAACAACCCGUACAACCGUCAGAUAGACGAGGAAGCGCACAAGAACAUGAAGGCGUCGAACAUUUGGGAAAUUCCGCACAAGCAAUUUCUGGAAUUGAUUCAGCCGUCAUUUUCCAGCAUCGAUGAGGCUGAGGACAUGGAUGCGAUACUCGCCCGUACACAUGUCAUUGUCAUCACCGAUCAUGGCUUGUAUUGGCGUUUGGCAAAGGUUGAAAAAACGAACAUUCGCUUUGUUCAGUGGCCUUCUGAUGAACCGCGUGACCUUCUCGUGCAAUCCCAGAAGGCAAUCUUCGUGAACUACAAGAAGAACCCCAGCAAACACCAACUCCCCGAAAGCUUCCACGAGGACAUGGUUUGGUCGCAAGAAGUCUUGCAUCGUCUAUUCGAAGGUGAAACAACACCACGCACUGUGACUAUUCGAGGAGUAUCGUUGUUCGGCGAACCCCGGCCGCCACGACAAAUUCACCCACGUAUCGUAGACGGCAUCGACCUCGGCGUUCGUGUGAAGAAGGAGAAGGUUGAUACAGCUUUCCGUAAUUUGAAGCGUUCCGCACCUAUUACCAUUGAUCUCGCUUCUCCCGAAAAGAAACAUCCAUGCACAUCGGGUGCCAUAUCCAAGGACGCCAAUGAUGAGGAACCCGAUGAUCUCGAGUUGCAGUUGGAGGAGAUGGUAGAUAAGCAGAUGGCCGAGGAAGAGCAUGAUGCCAUGGAUGUUGAGGGGGGGGAUUGCAAGCAGGAAGUCCUUCAUGAUGUAUGUGGCGUACAAGUUCUUCAGUGGUUCGGCUUGCCAGUCCAAGCAAAUACGCACGGUCCAUUUCGCGUAUCGGAGCUCAACGGCAUGAUCACCCAAUUUGCAGUUCAUUUUAUGCCAAUGUCUUCGGUGGCAGUGGCUGCAGACGGCAUGUACUUGUGUCAUCGUGACCAUCACUUCACAGGCCUGUGGUGUCGUGAAGGAAAUGUUCGCUACUUCGAUGGCGGUACUUUGAUCGACAAAGACCGCGUGAUCCCAGCGAUUCUCUACACCAUGUCCGGUCCAGUUGAAAUCGCACAUCGGCCCAAACAGUGCACGUCGCGCAGUUGUCGAGCCACUUAUGCCUACAACUUUCGGUGGGAAAACAGCAAAAAGGUGAACGUGCUCUCCCUCGAGGAUCUUGACGAAAAGAUGUUAUUCGUUAGCUCCACGAAAGCAUUUUGCUUGCAAUAUUUGCGCUACCAUGAAGAACUUCUCUUUCGAGGACAUGUGGCAACCAGGGCAAUCGAGCAUGCAUACAACGUGGUUUUCAAUAAGCAAGACACCCAAGAUGACCAGAACGUGGUGUCCGAUUUUCGAAAGCUACAUCAAACAUGCAUGUUCUAUCAUCUUGCACUACAGGAAUUUCAGACAUUGGGUUUGCACAAGACGCUCGUGAUUGACGAUGAGUUCUCCGAUGAGAGUCUAGAUGUGUACUCUGCCUUUUGUCACUCCAGCCUUUAUCCUCCAAAGAAAAAGACUUCGGUAACCUGUUUGGUCGGUGACGGGUAUCUCUCCUUGAAGCCUCGUUGUGCUCAUGCUCCCAAAAAGCAUGCAGGUCGUCCCCGAAGCAAAAAAUCAGUGCCUUCCAAGUACAGCAACGGUUGGUUCAUGUGCUGCGACCCGAACAGCGGUCGCAUCCUCAGCAUGGUUGUGAUGCAUGAGCCCGAGUGUAACGAGUACGUGAUCCAGGCACUGGAGUCCGUACUUUGGCUCUACCCCGCUUGCAAACACUUCGUGUACGACCGCGCCUGCACGCUUGUGAAAAUGGCCCGUAAGCACAAGGCGCUCGACCAAAUCAAGGAUUACAUAGUCGAUUGGUUCCACGCGUACAGGCAUGCGAAGUCGUGCACUUGCAAUCCGCGCGAGUUGGUUCUGAACCAGUUGGCGGCUGCUGUUGCGCAGCUGGCCCAAGCGACAGCUUCGAGCUCUGCGGGCUCGAGCCAGUGGAAGGAGACAAAGUAUGUCAAGGCCCCGGACCUCUUCAAGGGCCGUCCAUUGAAGCUCCUUCGUGCCAACAAAAACGGAGAUGGCUAUGCAGUGUGGCGGCAGCUUUGUGAUGAGCUGCAGCCUCGGUCCAGGCCUCGGGCUUUGGCUUUGGCGCAAGCGCUUUCGCGCUUCCCUCCUCACAAGGAGGGCACUUCUCUGCUGGAGUACAUCCUCAGCUACGAGCGCCUGAUUGGAGAGUAUGAGGCGGUGGCGACCGAAAAGUACCAGGAGGAUUUGAAGAUCUCUACCCUCCUGGCUGGCCUCCCGGCGGAAGUCAAGCGCUACAUGUACCUCCAGGUCAACGACUCAACGACCUAUUUGGGCUUGCGCGAGAAAUUGUUGCAGUAUGAGAGGACUUCGUCGACUUGGACCGCGGAGAGCAUGCUGAAGUCGCUUGGCAGUGGCUUCAACAGCGACGCGAUGGACAUUGACCGGGUGGCCGACGGCAAGGGCAAAGGCAAGAAAGGCGACAAGGGAGCCAAAGGAAAAGGAAGCAAAGGCGACUACAACAAGAAGGGUGACUACGGCAAGAAGGGCAACGACAAAGGCUGGAACCGUGAUGGUGGCAAGGGCUAUGGCAAAGGCCCGCCGAAAGGCGGCAAGGGCAAGAAGGGAGAUGCAGGAAAGAAGGGCUUCCAGAAGAACCUCGUUGAGUGCUGGAAGUGCGGCAAGAAGGGACACUACGCUGCAGAAUGCCGCUCCAGGGUGAACCAGGUGAACCAAGAGGAUGACGCAGCCUCUGUGCAGACGAGGGCUACCACCUCUUCCGCGACAACGGCGAGUACGGCUGCUCCUUCGGCAAAGGCGCAGGUGAGGCGGGUUCACGUGGUGGACCUCGAACAACUCGGUGAGGACCAGGAGCUUGCCGUUGAGUUCUUGGGUUCGGUUCGCAUGGUUCAAGAAGUGGACAACGAGGCUGGAGUGGAGCUUCCUUGCAGCAGUGUCCAGUGCUUUGCCAUAGGAGGUGACAGUGAAGUUGAUCAGCCUUUGGUCGUGGAUUUUGCAGCAGAUUGCACUGAUGAGUUCCAUGAUGGUGUUGCUCAUGUUCGUGUGGUUGCUGCUGACCCAAAUUUGCAUGAAGUCAUCCUGGAUAGUGGCGCCGAUUGCACCGUCUUGCCCCUCAGCUCGUUUUCGGAUGUAGGCCACCACAGUCGUGAGAGUUCGUUCUUGCUGGAUGCGCAGGGCAACAGGAUUCCUCAAGGUCAGGUUCGGACUUCUGUGGUUUUCGAGGUUGAGGGCGAGGACGGCGAGGUCAUUCAGUUUCGUGACAAGGCAGUGCUAGCUCAAGUUCGGCAACCUUUGUUUUGCUUCGGAAAGUUGCUGCGUGACCAAUGGGUGCCGAGCUGGAUCCUCAGCAAGGCUGGUGAUCGUAAGUACGAGGUCUUUGAGUGUUGUGAAGUUUGGGAAGAUCGUCUUGAGUUUGGGUUCGGUGCCUGUGAGAGCAAGGUGUUGACAAUCCUUACGAAAGAAGCGAUAGAGCCCAGUGACCUUGGUACAGUGCUUCAGCAAGUCCCGAACCCGCUGAAGCCGCUGACGAAGCAGACGCCGAAGCACCCGAGGAACCACGAGGUUCUCGGGGAUGAUGAAGAAGUGUUGGUUGUGAACGGCGAGCGUUUGACAGAACUUAGCCCUCUUCGUGAACUUCGGCUUGGCUGUCGGUUUUUGGGUAUCUCGAAGAACGGCUCAAAGUCCGCAGUGUGGCAGCGUUUGAAGAAGGAGGUAGCACACAGCAAGUUGCAGUUGGAGGUUGCAGCGUCUGAAGCCGUGAGAGCAGAGUUUUCUCGAGAUCCCGUAAUGCAAGCACGUCCUGUACCUCCUAGCCCCGAGCUUGUUGAAUUACAUGAAGUCACUCAUCUCCCUCGAGCUGAUUGGUGUGAAGCUUGCAUCGCGGCCCGGAGUCGCGAAGACAACUAUGACGCAGCAGGUCCCAAACGAGAGUUCCCGGUGAUCUCCUUAGAUUUCAUGUUUGUGAAGACUGAUGGUGAGGAUGCCCCGCUUGCCACUCAUUUGGUGUGUGUCGAUUCGCAGUCUAAGUACGUUGUGGCGGUUGCGCUUGCUGCAAAAGGAGGCAAAACUUUGAAACAUGCUGUCGAAGAGGUGGUUGGAAUGCUGACUGUGCUUGGGUAUGCCAAAGUGAUCCUACGUUACGAUACAGAACCAGCCAUGAAACAGCUUGUUAGUUCGAUUGUAGCUGUGCGUGCAAAGAACAAUUUGGCUACUGAGCUACUGAGUUGGAACCAGUUGGACGGCUGCACGUCCCACGAGCUGGUCCACGGGCGCAAAUAUGACCAAAAGUUGUGCCCUUUUGGGUCUGCUGUGUAUGCCCAGUACCUCCCGAAGAACAAGAACAAAGGCGAGACGUGGUGCCAAGGGGUUUGGCUUGGGAGAUCAAGGAUUGGAAAUCUUCAUGUGAUCGGGGACAGCUCUGGUGUUCACUUUGCUCGGACCAUUCGGAGGCCCCCGAAGUUGUAUGACGUUGAGCUUUUGAAGACUAUGAAAGGCACUCCUUAUGACUUCUUGCUUGAUGUUGUUCCUGUUCGGAAGAAGAAGAUCGAGAAGCAACGACUACCAAUCCUUGUGGAAGCUGUUGCUCCUGCUCCUUCGGCGCCUGAAGCAGUGGCUAGCGCCAAUCCGGGAGACGAGGCGGCAAGUGAUCCCGCUUCCUCUGAGGCCGGUGGGGUUGGAUCCUUGAGCGUUAGCUUGCCUGGCCAAUCUUCUGCAACAAAUUCUUCAUCUUCUUCAGAGAUGAUUCCCGAGCCCAUGGAAGUCGAGGGUGCAAACCAAGUUGUGGAGGAGUUAGCAGAAGAGGUUGUGUCGGCUGAGGGGGGACUCCCCACAGGCCACUUCGAGGAAGAAGGCUUCAACGAUGUGCCCCAAGAUUGGGAUGAGAUCUUUGAGGAGACCUGGCAGAUCGAGGGUGUCCUUCAGGAAGCCGGGAGGAGGAAGUAUGAGGAAGGGCCGCCUGUUCUUGAUGAUGAGGCGCUCGCUGCCUUAGACGCCGAGAUGGACGAGGUGGAAAUUCAGAGGCUCUUGGGCAUGAAAGUCCUUGAGGAGAUUGGCCCCGACGAGGAUGUGAGUGACAUGUACCGCCUUGGUUGCAAAAAUGUCAGAGAUUGGAGGUUCCGUGGAGGAUGGACGCGAAGGUCGCGACUUGUGGCGAAGGAGUUCCGCUUCCUUCAACCAUACAUGGAAAAUCUCUAUAGCCCGGCAUCAUUGAGUUCCACCCAAAGGCUGUUGGCAGGACUUUGCUGUUGUAAUCCUCAGCUUCGUUUGUACAGUGGUGACAUCAAAGAUGCGUACCUCACGGUGAAGCAGCGAAGGAAAACCUACAUUGUCAGCAGCAGUGGACGUAUGUACAGGCUGCACUACAACUUGCCGGGACAGCGGGCAGGUGCUAGAGACUGGCAUGAGAAAUUGAAGGCUGUGCUUGAGAGUGACGGCCUGCGUGCGUUCGAAGGUGCCCCAGCUCUUUUCUAUGAACCUCAGAGCCUGCUCGUUUCCACUCACGUCGAUGACCUUCAGCAGACCUCCAGUUUCGGUGUCGAGGGGCCGUGUACGCCUUGGUCCGGAGAGUGUCGCUUCUUGAAGCGAAAGUUCGCAGGGAUCAACGGGAGUAUCGUCAUAGAGCAAGAUGGUAAGCACGUCGAGAAGUUGAUCAGCUUGGUUGGUGUCGAGAGGGAGUCGGGGAAACAAACACCAUGCCCUAUGAACCCCAACGAUGUGAAGUCCGUUAAGCCCUUGGCAGCCGAGAAGCACCCGACCUACCGCACGUGCAUAGGGAUCCUUCUUUAUCUUGGCCCCGACAGACCUGAGUGCCUCUAUGCGAUCAAGUUGCUCUCUGCAAAGACCUCCUGCCCUACCGAACAUGAGUGGCAUCUCUUGAAACACCUUGUCAAGUAUCUCAAGUUGCACCCCCAUCGUGGUAUUUCGUUGAGUGCUUGCAAUCCUGGCAGGACAGUGGAGCAACGGUGGCUUGGACAUCCUGGUCCUGAGCGAGGCCCGGAUGCUGAUGCGUCAAAACCUUUUGGGAGUGGACAUCUGAUCGAGUCCAUCUCUGAUGCCUCGUGGGCUGGUGAAGCAGAUCGUCGUAGCAUAAGUGCUUCGGUGGUGUACCUGAAUGGCAAUGCAAUCCAUGUUGGCAACAAGAGGCAGAAGAGUAUCUCGCUUUCUUCUUGCGAGAGCGAGGUGCACGGAAGUUUGUACUCCAUUCAAGAAGGGCUUUUUCUCAAGAGGCUCUUGGAGACAGUGUGUGACAACAGCGUGCACCUUGUUCACAGAGUAGAUUCCUCUUCGUGUCGUUCGUUCAUUGAUCGCGUUGGCCUUGGAAGGUUGAAGCACAUUGACAUAGCAUACUUGUGGGUACAGGAUCUCAAAGCUCGCAACAUGUUCACAUUAAAGCCUAUCUCAACGCGGUUCUGUCCACCAGACUUGGCCACGAAGCCGAUGAGUGGGUUGCGUUCCAGAAUGCUGUCCUACCUCAUAGGUGUUUGCCAAUCAGAUGGUACCCUCAUCGGUGGGGAAGAGUUCGAUGACGAGUGGAACAGAGAACAUCUGCGCCGAAUCCGCGGCACGAAAGAGGGUGUCCUUGCACCUUCUAAAGCGUAUGUGGCCAGGAGAGUCUUGGCGUUGUUGCUUGCGAGUGAGGGUUUGAGCUUUGCUGAUGGAGCCUCUUUUCUCCCUCGAGAUCCGAACAUCCCUUUCAUGAUGACCUUCUGGCGCUUUGGCUUCAUGAUGGUGAUCCCCGUGGUGCUGGCCGUGCUCUUUGUCAACACGGAGGCUUACUUCAAGGGCUACUACAAGUCAAGUGGUGAACCCAACGUCGAGGAGGCGAUCGUUGACAAGCUCAAGGUGACGAGGCGCUUGGAGGAGACCGUCGAGUACCACGAGAACACCGUCGAGACGAAUUUCUUGGAGAACGCCUUCUACAUCAUGGCGUUCUUUGCUGGUGUGAUUGGUUGGCUUGCUUUCCAGCUCGGCUUGCGUUGGAGUCAACAUGGAGAACAACACGGAGAACAACAUGGACAACGACGUGGCGAUGGACUUCAAGCUCCUCUACUUCAUCAUGAUGAUCCAGAUGUACCUCCUGGUGACGCUCCUGCUCUACCUGAACAAGAAGAUCAAGGCGAAACCCUUCGUGAAGGACCUCCCGAAGUUCUACAAGGUGCUGUACGUGACCCAGGUGUUGGAGCUCAAGGUGGCGAUUCUCCGGAUGAAGGAGGAGAACAGGCUGCCUUUGACGAAGCUUACGAGGAGGAGACUCCGAGGCCAGUGCGACUUCACCGACUUUUCAAGUCGCAUGGCGUGGAGUACUCUGCUGACUUGCUCUGGCACUGGGAGACGCACCGUGAAGUUUCCGAGAAGUUCCUCGCAGAGUUCGAGAACCGUGGCACGGCAGCUUCGUCGGCUGGUGACCAAGUUCGUGGAGAACCCGGUGCUGCAGCCGCUGCUCGCGUACGUGACGAAGAAGUGUGGUUGGUCGGUCGCGGCUCGGCUUUCCACAAAGAAAGCUGCGGCAUGGUGCGUAAAGGACGUCGCGAAGGCAAGACCCGCACUCUGAGUCGUGAGACUGCCGUGUCCCAAGGUUACAAGAGUUGUGGUCAGUGCAAGCCGUGA